AUGGCUGGUUGCAACUUUCCAACUACUCUGAGCGAGAAAGUGAGCAGCUACGGAAGGGCCACAGGAAUAUUCGAGCUUGUGGGGGAAGCCUAUGGUGCGUUCUCCAGCGUUCAUGGAAUCAUGGCCGGGGAAGCGAUUUCGAAGAUCAGGGAAACAUCCUGGUGGGAAGAUUUUCUCGACUUCCUCCCUCUGAAGCAAGUGAGAUGGCGCGAAAUUAUGAUGAAGUAG